AUGGCAACUGAAUUAACUGUUCAAUCUGAAAGAGCUUUCCAAAAGCAACCACAUAUUUUCACUAAUCCAAAAGCUAAAGCUAACAGAAGAACCAAAAGAUGGUAUAAAGAUGUUGGUUUAGGUUUCAAAACCCCAAAAGCCGCUAUUGAAGGUACUUACAUUGAUAAAAAAUGUCCAUUCGUUGGUGAUAUUUCCAUCAGAGGUAAAAUUUUAUCCGGUACCGUUGUUUCAACUAAAAUGCAUAGAACUAUUAUUAUUAGAAGAGAUUACUUACAUUAUAUUCCAAAAUAUAAUAGAUAUGAAAAAAGACAUAAAAACGUUGCUGCUCACGUUUCCCCAGCUUUCAGAGUUCAAGAAGGUGAUGUCGUUGUUGUUGGUCAAUGUAGACCAAUCUCAAAAACUGUUAGAUUCAAUGUUUUAAAAGUUGCUGCUUCAGUCUCAAAAUCAAAACAAUUCUCCAAAUUCUAA